UAAAGUCUAUUUAAUAAGACAUUAUUGUGCAUGAAGGUAUCAAAUGGCCAAAACUCAUUUCCUCGCGAGAAGAUGAUGCGAUCACGGUACGUGGCAGGACAUCCGCGAGCGCACAGCGAGCUGUGCCCCGACCGCGGCACGCGCACCCGGCUUGCGAUCCUCGUGACGUCCGCGCCGGCGCACCGCGCGGCGCGCGAGGCCAUCCGCGCCACCUGGGCGCUAGCGGCGCGCCCCAACCGCGUCGCGCUCGCCUUCCUGCUCGGCGCCCCGCCCCCGCACCUGCGCGACGCUAUACUCGACGAGGACGCUCGCUAUCAUGACCUCAUCGAAGGCCGCUUCGAAGAUACCUACCAAAACCUACCCCUAAAAUCACUGUCGAUGCUGGAAUGGUUCGCUACCUACUGCCCGCUAGCUCCUCACUUGUUCAAAACGGAUGACGACAUGUUCGUCAACAUCGAGCAGCUGCUCGGUUUUAUCGAAGACCACAACUCAACGAACACGAUUUGGGGGGAAAUGUUGGAGAACAUAAAGCCGUCACGAGACAAGCGGUUCAAGUACUCCGUCCCGGAGGAAGAGUACCCUGGGGCGAGGUACCCAACAUUUGCAAAUGGGCAUGGGUAUUUGGUGAGUGGCGACGCGGUGCCGGCGCUGCUCGACGUCGCUCCAGGCGCGCGGUUCGUGCGUCUAGAAGAUGUGUUUAUAGGAGUGCUGGCGGGGCGCGCAGGUGUCCGCGUCGCGCACGCGCCCGCGCUGCUGCCGGCGGAGGGCGGCGGCGCCGGCGCGUGCGCCGUGCGCGGCACCGUGCUCAUGGAGGCGCGCCCGCACGAGCAGUACGCGCGCUGGGCCAUGCUGCUCGACCCGGACAUCGCUUGCUGACAUACACAUUUACCACUGAAUUUGAAAUAGAUUUUUUUUAAUCAAGUCCAAUCUUCUUGUGAUGU